AUGUCCAAAGUCAAAAUUGAGCAAGUUGACUUGGCAUUCACUUCUGUCACUUAUCUUCCCAGCAAAUUUGUCUUUAGCCCUAAACUUCAGGAAUUGCAUGUGUUGGGAUGUCCACUAGUGUCUCCACCCAUUGAAGUGUGUAUACAAGGCAUCAGUUCUAUAAGAAAAUAUUUGGAUGAGCUGGAAAGGGAUGGUGGAGUACGACGUGGCAGAAUAAAGAUUCUAGUGAUGGGAAUUACAAAGGCAGGAAAAACAAGCCUCGUUGAAGCACUGGAGAGUGGUAACCCAUUUCUGGCAGAACUCGAUGAGAGAACUGUAGGUGUGGAAGAAACAACCAUGAAGCUGGAUGAUAAAAUAGAAUGCAAAUUACUUGACUGUGGUGGGCAUAAAGCAUACAUGCUCACCAACCAGCUUAUGGUAAGCGACAAUUCGUUGACACUGAUUGUCGUUGACGGCAGUUUGUACCAGUUUACUGCGCAAUGUUUUUGUUGCAAUAUUGGAGAUUUCUUGCAAAUUUUGUACGAGAGAAACACCAGAGCUCACGUUGCUGUUGUGGUCAGUAAAGUCGAUCUGAUGGUCGACAUGUCAAGAGAAGAAAUGAGUAGAAAGUGGAAUGAACAUCUACACACUCGUCUACGUCAAUUCCUGGAGAUCAGACAAGUUCAGAUGAAGAGAAUGGCAGCAACCAUUGCAGUCGGUGAUUCUCAUGAAAACAAAUUCGUGUCGGAACGUCUUCAAUUUCUUGAAUCCCAACGAAUAACUGUUGACGAAAAGGUAAUACUGACAAGUGCUGCCACACACGAAGGAGUGGUCAGUCUAAAGGAUCGUCUAAGACAAUUGUGUGGAGAUGAACGUUUACUGCCUUCACUGCACACAGAGUUGCCAUCAUCAUGGGUGACUGUAGAAGACAAGUUGGUUAUACCACAACCUCACACGUCUGUCCCCAUUACAGAUGUCUCUUAUGCAAUGCAAGUGUGUGCAGAGCACGGCCUGACAGAAGAAAGGUGUCUUGAGUUACUAAUCUACCUGAAGAAGGUUGGAAGCAUUCUGUAUUACUCGUAUCAAAAGACUUUAUCACAAGUUCUAUUUCCUGUUCCACCAUUUGUGGUCAAUACAUAG